UGAUUCUCAGCAGACUUUCCACUAACUUUGAUAGCACUUGGGGAAAUGGCCAACAUGAUGACAGAGAUUGUUGCUUUCCUGUUUACCAUAUCUGGCUGGGUUUUGAUCUCCUCCACGCUUCCAACUGACUACUGGAAAGUGUCAUCCGUGGAUGGGACAGUCAUCACCACGGCAACCUUUUGGUCCAAUCUCUGGAAGACGUGUGUUACGGAUUCCACUGGAGUUUCCAAUUGCAAGGAUUUUCCUUCUAUGCUCGCACUGGAUGCUUAUAUCCAGGUGUGUCGUGGGCUGAUGAUCUCAGCUGUGUGUCUGGGAUUCUUUGGAGCUAUCCUGGCUCUAGUGGGCAUGAAAUGUACCAAGAUAGGGGGUUCAGAGACCACCAAAGCCAGGAUCACCUGCCUAAGUGGGCUACACUUUAUACUCAGCGGAAUCUGCUCCAUGACGGCCUGUUCUCUAUAUGCACACAGAAUAACAUCGGAGUUCUUUGACCCUUUAUUUGUAAAACAGAAGUUUGAACUUGGGGCGGCAUUGUUUAUUGGCUGGUCUGGAUCUGUUCUUGGCAUUGUUGGGGGCUUCAUCUUUUGCUUUUCCAUGAUUGAGGGAUUCAAAAUCAGGGAGUAUUCCUACAAUGGUGCGACAUCUUUCAUAUCAACACGAAACAAGGUUACCAAGACCAAUAAGAACUCUGAGGCUCUUCAGAAAGAUCCUUCAGAACAGAUCUUCUCUGGCAGACAGUUUGGGAGGAAUGCAUAUGUUUGAUUUAAGGUUCCUCAAAACACCUGGAAAUGAUAACAAAUGAAGCCUAUUCACUGUGUACAGUCUAUCAAACAAAUCCUUGAAAGAAGAACCUGAGGAGAUCUCAUUAUAUUAAGCUGCUUUCAUCGUUUGUAGCAAGAUUAUUUCACAAAUGCAAACAAAACUUCUGAAACGUAUAUUCUACCUGGGUAAAUCCACGAGGAACUUUUAAACACUGCAUUUUUAACACCAAAACUAAUUUUGAUGAGAUAUGACUAUAUGUACUGAAGGUUUUUGAUCUGCAUUAUUUCAGUUUACUUUGUUUCACCGCUAUAUUACCCAUCAGAAACCUCAAGAAAGCUCUCCGAGUCUGACAACAUGAACCAAAUUGCCAAAUAUCUUCACUUGGGACAAUGAACUAACCCUAAGUUAGGUGAACUGAUGACAAACUUUACCGGAGAAGACAGGGACCACAGCUGCGCUUCACUGACCACAGGAGCAUGCUGUUUCAAUUCCGGAAAUUGAGUCGGAAAUCACAUAUUGCUCCGGAGAUGGAGUCUCUCUUCACCUCCUGAU